GAUUGGAGAAUGAGAAAACAUCGCUUGCUGUAUUUGAGCUUGUUCUCGCUGCGUAUAUCUGCUAUCAUGGCUUUAUCUUCAGCAGCUAGCAACUGCACAACACGAUCCAUCCCAACUCCCGAGAUUUUUGGUGCCAGCAUCAUCGGACUUGAAGCUCACUUAGCCUUGGACUAUGUCCCUGAUGGUGUCACUUCACAUUGGCCAAAUCACGGCCCACUUCCCACCGAUAUCAAGGUCGACUUUUGUAAUGUUACAGUUACUCAUACGCACCCCGGAAAAAAUGAUACGCUGCGCACUCAGAUAUGGCUUCCUUUGAAUCCUGACUGGAAUGGUCGUUUCACAAUGGCUGGUGGCGGUGGUUGGUCUGCGGGAUUCAGUUCAUCAUUCGCUAACAUGUACGGUCAAGUGACUGGAGGCUACGCAAGUGCGACCAUCGAUGGGGGAGUAGAACAUGAGAAUGGAUUAUCUGUAGCAGAGUGGGCUCUCACUAGCCCUGGCAACGUCGAUUAUAACGCACUCCAGGACUUCGCAUUUAACGGACUUAUCGACGGUGCAUUGAUUGCAAAAAGCAUCAUUAAAGCUUUCUACCAUUCUCCCCCGUCGUACUCAUAUUGGGACGGCUGCUCUCAAGGCGGUAGACAGGGUUAUCUUUUCGCACAAAGAUUUCCAGACGUCUUUGAUGGAAUCGCAGCAGCAGCACCCGCUAUUAAUUGGAGUCCAUUCUUCUUUGCUGGAACAUAUCCUCACCAAGUCUUCUACGAACUCAACACAACCAGCUUUCCCCACCCCUGCGAGUUUGAAGCUCUUACAAAAGCUGCUAUAGCAACUUGCGAUGGACUUGAUGGGUUGAUUGACGGGUUGAUCUCGGAUCCAGACAAGUGCUACGUCAAUCCACGAACCCUGGUUGGAUCCGCAGUCAAUUGUAGUGCGACUGGUGGGCCUUCGACGAUAUCGGCCAACGCUGCCAUAAUCAUGGAAGCAGUUUGGGAAGGGCCUCGUAGACAGAAUGGGUCCUCUCUUUGGUACCCAGCAGGUUACGAGGCAAACGGUGGUACAUUAGCAGCUGCUAGUACCGCAAUCAUCGGAAGCACCUGCAAUAACGGCACGUGUACCCCCCAGAGACCCACACUGUUUACGGAUUGGAUCAAGUAUUUUGUCGAGAAAAAUCCAGACCACAAUUUGAACAAUAUGACCCGCGCUGAGUGGGUUGAUGAUUUUGUUGCAGGAGAGCGGGAGUACAAAUCUAUCAUUAAUACCGAUUUUCCGGAUCUUAGCAGACUUCGAAGGUCGGGAGGGAAGCUCCUUACGUGGCAUGGACUUGCAGAUGCGGCAAUACCGUAUGGAGGAACGCGCGAUUACUUCGAUCGAGUAUCUGUUCUCGAUCCUGAGUUAAGAGAUUACUACCGCUAUUUUGAAGCACCAGGCGCUCGUCACUGCAUAGACGGACAAGGCGGUUCUCCACACGAGACAUUCCAAGCUUUAGUUGAUUGGGUUGAAAAAGGUGUUGCACCCGAGACACUCACUGCCCGAAACGCGGAAAACAAAGAGCGUCUACUUUGUUUGUACCCAAAGAAAGCCGUGUUCAGAGAAGUAGAGAAUGGUAGAAAGGGUUGCGGGAUGUCACUUCAACUCCUCCCAGGAGGCUGCUGUGUGUAUGUUAUACCAUACAAAGUCUUCUCACAGCACAGGGUUUUCUCCCAGUCCACGGAUUUCUGUCAGCAAUCGAGCCGAAUUAUGGGGUACCCACAGAUACAGGGAACCUCAGCACUUCCUUACACAAUUCUACCUACCAUACCAACAGAUGGACCGCUACCAGAAGCACUGACUUCACCAAAACCUCCUAGUUCAGGCUCUAAGUCUAUAUUUGCUUUUUGGAACUCUGGUAUCCAUAAUCUACCUCCCAAUCUCCUACGCAAUGUCAUCGCUUGGUACCGUCGCUUCUCACCACUAGGAUGGACCAUCUACGUACUUGACGUCGUGCCGGAUUCCCCACUCAAUGUAGCCAACUACAUUGAUACCGAGUCGCCUUUAGUGGUACCAGCAGCGUUCACGCGCGGCACCCUGAACGGACACUAUGCUGCACAACACACCUCAGAUCUCAUCCGGUAUCCACUCCUGCUGAAGUACGGUGGCGUAUAUCUCGAUGUCGGUAUCCUGCAAUUUGGGGACCUGGACCAGCUAUGGACUAAACACAUUUUCAAUCCGGACUCCCCAUACGAUUUCGCCGGUUUCACAAUGGGUUCAGAUUUGCAGAUCGUAAAUUUUGCGCUCAUGUGUAGUGCGAAUAACCCGCUCGUACAACGCGCACAUCAUAUCCUACUUCAGGUCUGGAAAGGCAAGACAAACACGACUGAUGCGCACACCCACCCAAUGGUGUCACAUGUCCCUCUUAUGCGUGUGCCACAAGAGGUUAUUGUAGAAGAAGAAGGCCAAGGAAAGAUGGUCAUAAACGACGAAGCGAUGACGGACUACGCAGUUCAGAUCCAGUGCAUGCGAUCGGCGCAAGGCUGGGUUGAUGAAGGAGAUGGCUGGGAUGGACCAAAGUACGUCAGAGAAAAGUGCUGGCUGUUGAGCAUGAUGGACGGCGCUUUCGCACACGAGCAAAUGACGGGCUGGAGCGGACAACGACAAUUCGAUCUUCUGAGCCUUCCAUUGCCUAAGCCAGGUGAGGUUGAGACCGGCGAUCAAGCAUUUGCAAAGAGUAUCGUAGAGAAACUGGUCGCCGAUAGCUGGUGUCUCAAACUUGGACACGGGUUCUCGGCAAAGCUUUUUGGUGGUGAUACGUUGGGCAUGCUUUGGAGGAAGCACCCUGGCAGCGACUGUAAAGAUGGAACGUACGCUGGUUGGUUACGGUGGGCAGAAGUGAGUUGUUGUCGCGACGAGGAAGUUUUGCCUAUGGAUGUUCCGGUGUAUGAACCAACCAUGCGAGCGAAACUGUUAUCGUAG